GUGCUAUGAAUCUUAUGACUCCCACAUCAGCUUCAGCAAAUAUCACAACUCUGCAAACCAUUCACCCUCCCUGUCUAACUGUGGACAUGCGAAAAGCUUUAUGAAUAUGAAGCAAGCUGCAAAGCGCACCGUGCAGCCUCUCCGGGUUACGGACAUGCAAUAACAAAAAGCUGGAGUGUUCCUAUAGGACCUGGGGGGUCUUUCGGGCAGGACGGCUGAAAAUAUGCGGACUAGACAGCCGUCUUGCCUGUAACACAAGGUCCCUACACAGAAUUUAGUACGCUCCACCGGACCCGAGUACGCGUCUUGUCCCCGCCCACCGACAAGGCACAGCAUCCAUCCUCAUGCGCUCACACGCUCCGUGAUCCCCAUCACAAACCGAGAGCGGCGCCUUCGCCGAGCCGAUGGAGUACGAGUAGUAGUAGUGGGAGUGCUCACGGCUUUCCUUUGGCCCCCUUUCUCCUCCUUUCAUCUUUCAUGGAUUCGCCUUUUCUCUGGAAUAGUGCUUCGUCCCAUCGCGGUGUAUUCACUCCCGGCUCUGUAGUACAGCAGGCAAAUGGUAUUAUUCAGCAGACAGACAGAUGGCGGGUGGCUGGGCAUCAGAGUGAGUUACUGUGAAUCCUGAGAGGAGAAGUCUCCUGACAGGAGACAAGAUGGCGUCCAACAACACCCUGCGCAGCUACUCCAUCAUCCCAUGUUUCAUCUUUGUAGAGCUCGUCAUCAUGUCCGGCACAGUGUUGUUGGCCUACUACAUGGAGUGCACGGACCUGUUCAGCGUGCACGUGCAGGGUUUCUUCUGUAAUGACGCGGAGCUGAUGAAGCCGUACCCCGGCGCAGAGGAGUCCAGCUUUGUCCCCCCUCUCAUCCUGUACUGUGUGGUGGCUGCUGCUCCCACUGCUAUAAUUUUCAUCGGAGAGGUGUCCAUGUAUGUGAUGAAAUCUACGAGGGAAGUUCUGCUGGCCCAGGAGAAAACCAUUGUGACAGGAGACUGUUGUUACCUCAACCCCCUUAUCCGUCGCAUCAUACGCUUCAUAGGUGUGUUUGCAUUCGGUCUGUUUGCCACAGACAUCUUUGUCAACGCAGGCCAGGUGGUGACUGGAGGCCUCUCGCCCUACUUCCUGUCUGUCUGCAAACCAAACUACACAGGCACCGAGUGUCGUUUUAAUCACCAGUUUAUCGUCAACGGCAACAUCUGCACCGGGAACCCCGUUGUCGUGGAGUAUGCUCGCCGGUCGUUCCCAUCCAAGGACGCUUCGCUGAGUGUUUACUCUGCUGUUUACCUGACGAUGUACAUCACCAGCACCAUAAAGACCAAGUCCAGCCGCCUGGCCAAGCCUGUGCUCUGUCUGGGCACGCUCUGUUCAGCCUUCCUCACCGGCCUAAACCGAGUUUCAGAGUACCGAAACCACUGUUCAGAUGUGGUGGCUGGCUUUAUACUGGGAUCAGCCGUCGCUCUGUUUCUGGGUAUAUGUGUUGUGAACAACUUUAAAGGCAUCCACAGUUCAGCAGCUAAACAGAAAACUGAAGACUACCGUGGUCUGCCUCUGAUGACUUUCCCCCGUGUAGAGAGCCCCCUGGAGACCCUCAGCGCACAGAACCACUCGGCAUCAAUGACAGAGGUCACAUGACUAAGGGGGCAGCACCGGGUCACGUUUGCGUCUCCACAGCACUUCCAGACACAAUGAUGAGGACGCAUGCCACGUGGCUCCGAAUGCCUAACAAAAAAACCCACUCCUGAUAUAUCUGUUUAAUUCACCAAGGGGAUAAAAUCGAAAAUGUUUCUAAUGGUUCCCAUUCAGUUGGGCUAUGCUCAGUUCGACCUGCCAAGGCACACAGAUCACAUCAGUGGUAAAGUCACAAAGCAACCUUAAGCACAGAUGUUUUUUCCUGAUACUCGAAACCAUUUGAAACAUGGGACAUUUUCUCCCCUCCAAAGUGUGCUGUAUGUAGUUAGAGGAUGGUGUUUUGUACAUUUUGUAUGAGCGAGUGCUGUAGCCUACCCUGACAGUGUUAAACCUGCACACUUCCUGUCAGCUGACUCACUCUGUUUUACAUCACAUCCUGCCAGUUGACUGGCCUCGUCGAUCGCCACAUGUAUACCCAGAGUCUGAAAAAUCUGCUAUGGAAAAAAUAUUAGUGUUGUUGUUCUGUGAUGUUUGUCAUUUGUACAGAAAAAAAGACAGAUUCCUUCUUUUUAUUAUCUCUUUCUGUACAUUAAUUGACCAUGUGAGGUCAUAUUUUGUAAAGAUUUUUGUCAAUCUGUAUGACUAUUAUGAUCCAUUUGGACCUGUUUGCCUGCUGUAAACCUGGAUAUGUUUUGGUAUCAGUUUAGGUGUUCCGGGGAAUGACCCCCUUCCCCUUUGGAGGAAAUGACAAGGAGGAGCCAGUGACAUCCUCCGAGUCAGAAAAUGGGGUUUGGCACUUGCAAUGCCAAAUUCUCACUAUGAGUGUGUUUCACCCCAGUUUCCUGAUUCACUGUGAUGUUAAUAGGGAUUUUUCUACAGAGUGGUCUAGUGGGGCUAGCUCAUGCCAGAUCUACCUGAAGAUUUCACUGGUAUGGCUUAACAAUUAAAUUUUAAGUGAAGACAUUCUUAUAAAAUACUUGGGGGAAAAAUAGAAAAAAGAGACAGAAAUGCUCUUUGGAGUGAAAAUGAGUGACUUACUUCAGGUCUGGCUAGCCCUUUUAAUGGAAACCAGGCUAAUGACUCCUGCUUCACUUUUCCUCCUUGAGGCGCCCCUUCCCCCAUCCUGACCCACCAGUGGAUUGUGCUGCAAUGUUGUGACUCCAUUUCCCAUUGGAAGAUACACCCAGCAUGAAGAGAGAAGUCAAGAUGUUUUAUAGAUACUCCUGAUUUGAACUAUACUCAUUGUGAUUAUAAUCGUCUUUUACUUUACAAAAAAUAGCAUUUAAUUUGAAAUGCUACAUAUAUUUUUUUUGGUUUGUCCACAAAUUAAAUAGUCAAUAGC